CGAGCCGAGGUAUGCCCUUUUUGUUACCGGAGACAGAGAAAAAGGAGGGGAGGGGAUCCCGCUGGGUCGGGUUGGAUCCACCAGCUGCUGUCGGGCUGGAUCCAGCCGCCGCCGCCCUCGGGGAUGGCCGUCGCCGCGCUCGGGGAGGGCCGCCGCCGCGCUCGGGGAUGGCCUCCGCCGCCGCGCUCGGGGUCGCGGGGAGCACGGGGCUGGCUUUCUAUGGCUGGACUGCGAUGGCCUUUGGGUCUCUGUCGCUAGAUAUGUUCAGGAUGGAAGGCGACGAGAGUUUCCUGGGCAUGUUGAACUUUGGUGUCUCAACACAAGUGCCGGAUAGUCCAGUUGGAGAGCAAGAGUCGCCCAUGCUGCCAACUCAAAAAACAUCUACAACUGUGAAAGGAAAAUCCACCAAGGGGAAGAAUUGGUCUAUUGAAGAGGAUAAUCUGUUGGUGGCAGCAUGGGUGCACACUAAUUUGGAUGCUUUGAUAGAAACAGAUCAAACAUCAAAUUCUUAUUGGGGUAGGAUUUAUGAUUACUACAGCACGCGCAAGAAAGUGUCAUGGCCGGUGCGUGUUCAAAAUGCACUCAACUGUCGUUGGACCACUAUUAAUGAACAAGUGAGCAAGUUUUGUGGAUACUAUCAGCAAAUACUUAAUAGAAACCAAAGCGGAGUGACUAUUGCUCAGCAGCAAGCCCAGGCACUUGUUCUGUACCAGUCCAAAGAUCCUAAAAAGAGGCCAUUUACAUUAAUGCAUUGUUGGUUAGUGUUGGAAAAGCAUCCUAAGUGGGAGAAUCGUGUGAUUUCCAAGGGGCCUCAGAAAAAGCAGAAGAAGACCUCGGAUGCAAGUCCAGGUACGACUUCUAAUGACGAAGACUUCGAGAGAUGCACUGAUGCUCUUGAAACAGAGACAAGACCUGAUGGUAAUAAGCGGGAGAAAACCCAUUUACAAAAAGCUAAAGCUUCUGCUUCUGAUGCUUUUAGUCCCAAGUUAUCAUUAGAAAAUGUGUGGGCACAAAAGUUAAAGAAGGCUGAGGUCAAAGUUACCAAGAGAGGGAGAUGUCAUACAAGCAAUUUGAGUUAGAAGAGAAGAUCAUGUCCAUGGACACUACUGUUAUGAUUGGGGCUCAACAAGAAUACUACAUGAACAAGCAGAAUGAGAUCGCCGCUCGCCGGUUCAACACAUCGGGUUGAACCAUUUGUCAGGUCUGCUAGUAUUUGUCGUGUGAACUAUUUUCAUAUCUGAAACUAUUUUUCAUAUCUGAAAUAUUUGUUGUGUGUGAAAACAUUGCAUUAUGGCAUAACUGAAAUAGUACAUCAUUACAACCGCGUACA